UGCGCCUCUCGAUUCGCGCGAAGCUGCAGGACGCGUAUUCGCCUGCGGUCGCGGUUGCUCGCUGCACUUCGAAAACAUGGCAGCGAGACGUCUGCGAACGGUGGCCUGGAUCGGUGGAGGCUCAAUCGUCGCAGCGUGUGGCUUACUCACUACAACGAGCUCCGCGGACACCGCCGCCGUCGUCGAAGCUGCGGAUCCGAAGGACACGCCAGUUCGGCCACACCCUUUGCCGACCCGCGCCGCGCAGCUCAAGAGCCUGCGUGAAACGCCCGAAUUCGAUGUUCUCAUCAUCGGCGGCGGCGCUACCGGAGCCGGAGUCGCUUUGGACUCGGUAACGCGAGGUCUCCGGACCGCCCUCGUGGAGACGUACGAUUUCUCGGCCGGCACGAGCAGCCGGAGCACCAAGCUGAUCCACGGCGGAGUGCGCUACCUCCAGAAGGCCAUCAUGAACCUCGACAUCGAGCAGUACAGGAUGGUGCGUGAAGCUCUCCAAGAACGUGCGAACCUGCUCGCCAUCGCGCCUCAUCUGUCCAGCCCGCUGCCCAUCAUGCUGCCUAUCUACCGUUGGUGGCAGGUCCCUUACUACUGGGUCGGCAUUAAGAUGUACGACGUGGUCGCGGGGAAACAGUGCCUGAAGAAGAGCUACUUCCUCUCGGCCAAGCGGUGCCUCGAACUGUUUCCCAUGCUGAAGAAGGAGCACCUUUGCGGCGGCCUAGUCUACUACGACGGUCAACACAACGAUGCCCGCAUGAACGUGAGCAUCGCGCUGACGGCGGCGCGCAACGGAGCCAGCAUCGCCAACCACACGAGCGCCGGCGUGAUCAAGAAAACCGACGAGAACGGGAAGCAGGUGGUCUGCGGGGCGAAGGUGAGGGACAUGCUCACGGGAGAGGAGUUCAACGUGCGCAAGUGCGUCGUGAACGCAAAAACGGGACCGUUUACCGACAACAUACGCCGCAUGGACGACCCCAACUGCAAGCCCAUUUGCCAGCCCAGCUCAGGCGUUCACAUAAUCUUGCCCGACUACUACAGUCCCGACAAUAUGGGCCUGCUCGAUCCUGACACGAGCGACGGACGCGUCAUAUUUUUCCUCCCCUGGGAGAACACGACCAUCGCCGGGACAACGGACAGACCUUGUCCGGUCACGCACAACCCGGCGCCAACGGAAGACGACAUCAUGUUUAUCCUAAGCGAAGUUCGUCACUACUUGAACCAAGAUGUGGUUGUGCGCCGGGGGGACGUCCUCUCUGCGUGGGCUGGUAUCAGGCCGCUUGUUGUCGACCUGAACAAGAGCGUACCGGGGAAGACGGAGGCUAUCGCGCGAAAUCACAUAAUAUACGUUAGCGACUCUAACCUUGUUACUAUCGCAGGAGGCAAGUGGACCACGUAUCGUGUCAUGGCUGAGCACACUAUGGAUGCGGCAAUCAAGGCCUGCGGCCUGAAGCCCCAGCAGAAGUCUCAGACCCUGGGUUUCACGCUCGAGGGCGGUCACACGUGGACGCCGACAUUGUACAUCCGCCUCGUGCAGGACUUUGGGCUGGAACCGGCAGUUGCGAAACACCUGUCCAGGAGCUACGGUGACCGUGCAGUGUCUGUCGCAAAGCUGGCUGCGCUCACGGGAAAGCGCUGGCCAGUCCUGGGACGGAGACUACACGAAGAGUUCCCAUACAUCGAGGCGGAGGUGCGCUACGCGGUGCGAGAGUACGCCUGCACGGCUGUUGACGUGAUUGGUCGCCGCAUGCGGCUUUCUUUCCUCAACGUCCAAGCGGCCCACGAGUGUCUUCCGAGGGUCGUCGAGAUCAUGGCUGAGGAGCUGAAUUGGAGCAAGGAGAGGAAGGAGCAGGAAUUACAAAAGGCCAAACAGUUCCUCGACAUCGAGAUGGGCGGUGACGUGAACAAGGAGUCGCAGAAGAAGAUCCCCAUGACCUUCACGACGUCCGAGGUGGAUCAGUACAUCCAGAAGUUCCAGGCCAUAGACAAGGACCGCAAGGGCUACAUUAGUGUGGUCGACCUGCGUCGAAGCCUCAAGGCUGCAGGAGAGUCCGUGUCGGAACUGCAGUUGCGAGAAAUGCUGAACGAGGUGGAUCUGAAUAAGAACGGUCAGAUUGAGCUUAGCGAGUACUUGGAGUUGAUGAAUGCCAUCAAGACCGGCUCCAUCGCGGGAAGUCGGCUUGCCCAGGUUGUUGACGUGGAGUACUCGAGGACACUGACCGUUGACAGAAGUGGGGGCGGUCUCUAAGUCACACUGUGAAACCUGUAGUUCUCCCCUGUUACUCGGAACCCCACGUAGAGAAACAAUCCCUGCCACUUCUCUUUCUCUCGGCAUGAGCUACGUCACUACUCCUUAUGCUCACGGGAAGUACGGUGUUUGCCAACAUUGGUUGGGGUUUCCUUGCCACCUUUUUACUUGUUCCAUUCUCCUUGAUGAGAACUAGAACAGCCUGCCAAGGUCAUAUUGACAGCUCCCUUUUUUUCUAGAAGUAUUUCUAUUGAAUAGAGAUUGCUUGUCUUUGUAGAUUUACUGCCUUUUCACUCCCAUGCUGUGUUCAUUAACCGUACAAUAAGCAGUUUUAUCAGACCCAGUAUUCGUGUUUUGCUGUGGAAAGCCAUGAGCUAUGUACGUCUAUAAUUAAACACGGAGGCAGAUUUCCACACCGGAGUGAUAGAGGGCACCAUUUUUCUGCCCCAUUUGGUGCAUCUCAAAUUGCUUUGCUAAACCAUGUCUUGUCUGUUUGAUUCGUAUGCAGAUAUUAUUUA